AUGUCUCAACCAAUCAUCAGCUUCGACUAUGAUGGCUCCCCAUACGGCCAAAAGAUCAAGCUACUCUUGACAGCAGCGGGCGUCAACUUCCAAAAAUGCGACCAACCGCGCAUCCUGCCCCGCCCAGACCUAGCAGCGCUCGGAAUCACCUACCGCCGCAUUCCCCUCCUCGCUGUCGGCAAAGACGUCUACGCCGACACCUCCAUCAUCAUCGACGUGAUCAUGUCCUCACUCGCCAAGAACGGAGCUCUCGCAACCUCACCCGCCGAUAAAGCCUUCGAAGUAAUGGGCAACACCAUCUUCCGCGAAGUCCUCGGCCUUUUAGACCCGGACGUCCUGCCCAAAGAAUUCAUCCAAGACCGCAAGACCAUCUUCCCCGUCAUCGCUCGUCCGGACUUCAAAACCAUGCGUCCGAGCACCGUGGCGCAGAUCCAAAGCCGAUACAAGCAGAUUGAAGAUACCUUCUUCACAACCCCGAGCGGACCAUUCCCCAGUGGCGACAAGCUCAGUCUCUCAGACAUUCACAUCCUCUGGUCUCUCCGCUGGGGCCUAACCACUCUAGGCGCCGGCAAGGAACCAGGUUGCGGCAAGGACGCUUUCCCCAAGAUCUGGAAGGCGAUUGAGAGUCUGCCGGAGCCGAAACCGGAGAUCCUGAGCAGUGAGAAGACGAUCGAGAUCAUUAAGAAGAGUGGAUAUUCUGCUAAGGGACCUACGAGUGUGGAGAAGGAUGAUCCGUUGGGGUUUAAGGAGGGGACUGUGUUAAGUGUCGAGAGCUCGGAGUAA